CCCGUGGACAGGAGAUUGGUCGCAAAAUUUGAAGACUUGUUGCGCACAUCAACGAUUGGAAGGAUUUUAGCCAGAUGCUAGUAAACUAGGCACUAAAGUCGCUAAUAACUAAAAAAUGUCACUAGGGAAAGUUUCGGCAAGUUUGUCAAUCAACCCCAUAAGUGCCAAUUCGUGAGUGACGUUAUUCGCUGUCUAGAAAAUAAAAGGGUAUCUAGCUAACGUUAGUGUUGUUUGGCUGUUUGGCUAGCUACAGUACAGUAACGUUAGAUGAGCUGACGUUAGCGGUUGUUCUUCGUGACCUGUCUGUCAAACAAGUAGCUAACGUUAACUAGCUAGUUUUUCUACAACUAACUAACAAGUUUUCUACAGCUAAAACAUCUCAAACUAGCUAGCUAUUUAGCUGGUAGCUAUGUAUCCAGCUAAUAUAACGUUAGUAAACGCUAGUUAACAAAAAAAUAAUCUGCCAGCUAACGUUAGCUGGUUUAGCACUGGCUAACAUUAGCUAGCUAGUCUACAGCCUUAACAGACGCUAAUUUAGUCCCACAGUCAGGCUAACAACAACGAUGUCUCGGAGGCGGCAUGACAACCGCAAUGGACCUACUGGGUUACUUGGAGAAAUUCAAACUCCUAUCAAUACGGAACCGAUGGACAGUAUGUACGAGAUCACCGGCGAGUUGGGCAGGGGGAAAUUUGCGGUGGUGAAGCGGUGCGUGGAGAAGGCCACGGGGAAGGUGUUCGCCGCCAAGUUCCUGCGGAAGCGGCGGCGGGGCCGAGACUGCCGGGCUGAGGUGGUGCACGAGAUGGCCGUGCUGGAGGCGGCCCGCAACAACCCUCGUGUGGUCAACCUGCACGCUGCCUACGAGACAGACCACGACAUCAUCCUGCUGCUGGAAUAUGUGGCUGGGGGUGAGAUCUUUGACUACUGUGACUGUGAGGAGCUGCUCCCAGAGGGCCAGAUCACACGGCUGAUCAGACAGACGCUGGAGGGCGUCCACCUCCUCCACCAGACCAGCGUGGUGCACCUGGACCUCAAGCCCCAGAACAUUCUCUUGACCAGCCUGGCUCCGCUGGGGGACAUAAAGAUUGUGGACCUUGGCCUGGCGCGCAAACUGGGCACAGUCGGAGAGCUCCGAGAGAUCUUGGGCACGCCCGAGUACGUGGCCCCAGAAAUUCUAAACUACGAGCCUAUCACCACGGCAACUGACUUGUGGAGUGUGGGGGUGAUAGCCUACAUGCUGGUGACGGGUGAGUCUCCGUUUGCGGGGGACGACAAGCAGGAGACGUACCUGAACGUGUCCCAGGUCAAUGUGGACUACAGCCAAGAGGCCUUCUCCAGGGUGUCGGAGCUCGCCGUCGACUUCAUCCGCAAGCUGCUGGUCAAAACACCAGAGGACAGGUCCAGUGCAGCCGACUGCAUGACCCACCCCUGGCUGUGGCAUCAGUACCCAAGUACCGAGCCUGUCACGCCACGUACCCCCCGCGAGAGGAGCAGCGGUAACAAGUGGGCCGCCUCACCCGAGGACCCAGAGGACAAGGAGAACUUCACUUUGGACUCGCCCCACACCCACGCCAAGCGGUUUCGGUUCGAGGUGGAGACGCCUGCCGCCACCAACAUUGGUGAUGGGGACUUCUGAGGGGGAAAGAGUGACGCAAGCGCACCCAUCCCGUGACCUCCCCUUUUUGCUUUUAUUGGUUUUAUGUAGCAAGGAACCUGCCGGCAACACUGUUGCCUACCCAAGAACUAUUCAGUCCUGUUCUGUUCUACCGCCCGCUUGUAUCCAGUGCGUCCGGCCAAACCAAAGUUAACCAGCUGACUUUGUGAUCUAACGAGUAAUAGUAUUUUAUUGUGAGCUGUUUUUGUCCUUUUCAGUGUAUUGUUGUCUUUGUUUUGUCUGGUUAAUUUUUGUCCCUGAAUUUAAAGAGAAUGGGUGGCCAGAUGUAUCAAAAGGGAAAUCUAUGCAAUACUGUUUUUCCACAAAUAGCCUAACUUUUAAGUGGUCUUAGACGCCCCAAAGUGUAUUUAGUAUUUUGUACUAAAAGCAUUCGACAGAACACUGAGCUGUGCAGAUACAAGCUAAACCAGUCUAUUUGAGGAAGUGAAAGUAAAGUAUGUCCUCGCAGUA